UCUAGUCAUCAUGCAGUUGCAGCGUCAUUGUGGGCUGCCGUUUGAAUGAAGUUAGUAGACACACAAAUCUUCCGCAUCCCAACAUAAACCCUUUGGAUUUGUGCUGUGUUUAAGGACAAGCAGACAGAAAGAUGCCCGUAUUUACAGUGAAUGUGAAAUGGGGAAAGGAGAAGUUUGAUGCGGUGGAGCUGAACACGGAGGAGCCGCCCAUGGUGUUCAAAGCCCAGCUGUUCGCUCUAACAGGAGUUCAGCCAGAGAGACAGAAAGUCAUGGUGAAAGGCGGGACGCUGAAGGAUGAUGAGUGGGGCAAUAUCAAGUUGAAAAAUGGCAUGACUCUUCUGAUGAUGGGCUCUGCUGAUGCUCUCCCUGAGGAACCUGUCGUUCGACCCAUGUUUGUAGAGGACAUGACGGAGGAGCAGCUCGCAUCUGCAAUGGAGUUGCCUUGUGGAUUGACAAAUCUGGGCAACACGUGCUACAUGAACGCAACCGUGCAGUGUUUACGCUCUGUCCCGGAGCUCAAAGGCGCUCUCAGGAGGUACUCCGGUGCCUUGCGGUCUUCCGGAGCUAACGCACCUUCCCAGUACAUCACAGCAGCUCUGCGUGAUUUGUACGAGUCCAUGGACAAGACCUCUUCAAGCAUUCCACCCAUCAUUCUCCUGCAGUUCCUGCACAUGGCCUUCCCACAGUUUGCAGAGAAAGGAGACCAGGGCCAGUACCUCCAACAGGAUGCCAACGAGUGCUGGGUCCAGGUUAUGCGGGUCCUUCAGCAGAAAUUAGAACCUCAGGAACCAGAAACCCCAAUGGAGACUGAUGGCGAUAGUGAAGCGGCUGCCUCCACAAAAAAGAAGAAUUUCAUCGAUCAGUAUUUCGGUGUUGAAUUUGAAACUUCUAUGAAAUGUACCGAGGCAGAGGACGAGGAACCGACUAAAGGCACAGAGAGCCAGCUUCAGCUCAGCUGCUUCAUCAACCAGGAAGUCAAAUAUCUCGCCACUGGACUACGAUUGAGACUACAGGAGGACAUCACAAAGUUCUCCCCAUCCUUACAGAGAAAUGCCCUCUACAUCAAAUCGUCCAAAAUCAGCCGUCUCCCGGCGUACCUCACAGUUCAGAUGGUCCGGUUCUUUUAUAAGGAAAAAGAGUCUGUGAAUGCCAAAGUCCUAAAGGAUGUCAAGUUUCCUCUUAUGCUGGACGUGUACGAGCUGUGCACAUCUGAACUGCAGGAGAAGAUGGUUUCUCUGAGGUCCAGGUUUAAGGAGAUGGAGGAUAAGAAACUGGAGAAGCAGCAACAGUCUGAACCGAAUAAGAAGCCCGGGGCUCCAAAGGAGACUAAAUAUGAACCUUUCUGUUUUCCAGAUGACUUGGGCUCCAACAACAGUGGCUACUAUGAACUGCAAGCCGUUCUGACGCAUCAGGGCCGAUCCAGCUCAUCUGGCCACUAUGUCGCCUGGGUUAAAAGGAAAGAAGACGAAUGGGUGAAGUUUGACGAUGAUAAAGUCAGCGUGGUGACGCCAGAGGACAUCUUGAAGCUGUCCGGAGGUGGAGACUGGCAUAUAGCAUACGUCCUGCUGUACGGCCCUCGACGUCUGGAAAUGCUCGAGUAACACUGACGAAACUUAAACCUUAAAUGCCAUUUCAGAGCACUGUCUGUAUAGAUGUGCAGAAUAAAUUUCUCGUGUCUUUAAAAACAUGACCUUAAUAUUUUCUAAACUGCAUCAACACAAGCAGCAUGUCGGUUGAGGGGGUUUUUCCUCCCUUUCACGGAUGAAAGAUUGCUGGACCCGAUGAUCCUUAUCUGGACUUCUCAUUUUUUAUUUGUAAUGUUUUCUAUAUGCAUUUUCUAAGCUUGUGUUCACUCUCAAUACAGUAUCCCAGGAGAAUUAGUGACUGUGUAUUAAGAUGUUCAUCAAACGGAGGUUGAAUGAUAGCAGGAUCUCAUCCAAAGAAACCUGUCGCUCACGAGGACGUGUUGUGUGUAGAUUGGAGUGUAAUUAGCGAUGGUUGAUUUCGUAUGGAAGCACUUUGCGAGGAUGUCUUUAAGCUCACGUACUGCUUCUGUCUUCAAGCCUACCAUGCAGAAAAUGUAACUCGUCUGUCCUCCAAUACAAUCAGAAAACCUCCGAGAGAGAGUUCUGUAAGUUAUUGACUGCUCGCUUUUCGUAAACGGUGAGACCCAAAUAAAGCCACUGACACAC